ACAGUAGCAGCACAGAAGCUAAAGUCCACACAGCGCCAAAUGGGGAUUCCUGAACUGAGGCCCAAACAAGAGUGUGCCACCAGGUGGAACUCUACAUUUGAUAUGUUGAAACGAAUGCUUGAAAUAAAAGAUGCCAUCAUCUCCACCCUGGCCCUCAUCAACGCAUCUAUUGAGCCAUUAAGCCAAGAGGAAUGGGAGCUGGUGAAAGAGGUCUGCGCCGUCCUGCAACCAUUCCAGGAGGUGACUGUGGAGAUAAGUGCAGACAGCUAUGUCACAGCCUCGAAAAUGCUCCUGCUUUGCAAAGGUCUGCAGCUGGUGACAGCCGAGAACCAAUGGACAGUAACUGUGCAGAAAGUGAAGGAAUUAGUUGCAGCUCUUUGUUCAGCCAUGGACCGCAAAUUUCUGCGGAUGGAGUACAACACUGUCCUUUCAGAAACUACCUUAUUGGAUCCAAGGUUUAAAAAACUUGCCUUCAGUGAUCGUAGAGCUGUUGAUGAAGCUCUUCAGAGGAUUAGUGCAGCAGCAGCAGCAAAAUGCACCCCCAGCAGCCAGCCAGCUCCACCAUUACAGGGCCAAGUGGAGGAGGAGCAGCAAACCUCUGCUGUUUGGAGGCUUUUUGAUGACAGAGCUACAGGAGAUGCUUCAAGGAGAAAUCCGACAGCUGAUGCUAUAAUGGAGGUGAGGAGCUACCUUGAGGAGCCCCUCAUCCAGAGAGCAGAAGACCCACUGAGCUGGUGGCAGGCCAAGGCCUCAGUCUUUCCACUCCUGGUGAAGGUGAUGGAGGGGAGACUAUGUAUUGUUGCCACAUCAGUUCCUUCUGAGAGAAUCUUCUCCAAAACAGGGCAGAUACUCACGGAGAGGCGAAAUCGUAUCAGGCCUAUCAGCCCAUCCAAGCUGAGGCAUCUGAUCUUCCUGAAUGCCAACCUGCCCUGAGGACUAAUGCUGUUUGCUGGAGUUUGGUUCUGGUUUUGAUUCUGUUCUGUGGAUUUGUUUGAAGUUUAUUGUUAAUUUGUGCAAUAAAAAAGUUUAAUUGAAAUAAACAAAUGUAAGAGUGGUUUUGUCACAGAAUAAAUGCACAGAAUUAGGCAUUAUAAGGUCUCUCAUAAAAACACUGAAAGCAAAAGGGUUUUCAACACAUAAACCAUGAUUUUUUUUCAAAGUUAAGGUAAAAUAUAGGCUACAAAAGAUCCUAAAUAAAGAGCCGUUCGGGAGUCGAAAGAGCCGGCUCUUCUUUGGGAGCCGAGUCAAAAGAGCCGGCUCUCAGAAAAGAGCCGAACUUCCCA